GGAUGCUCACUCUAGCUCCGAAAGGGUUCAGCUGUCCUGAUACUGAGAAAGUCUGCAAUCCCUGCCUUGAUGCGACCAAAGCUUGCAACCUCAACAACAACUGCAAAAAGCACCGUGCCAACUUCAUCUCCACUUGCACCAAGGAGGACCAGAACAAAGGAGACACCUGCAACAGGAAGCGCUGCCACAAGGCGCUGAGGUCGUUCCUGGACCGCGUUCCCGCGGAGCUCAGCCACCGGCUGCUCUUCUGCCCCUGUCAGUCUGAAGGUUGCGCCGAGAGACGCCGGCAGACUAUUGUGCCUGAUUGUUCCUAUAAAGACAAGGAGAAACCCAAUUGUUUGGAGCUGCGGAGGAUCUGCCGUCAGGAUGCUCUCUGCAGGUCCAGACUGGCUGAUUACGUGGCAAACUGCUGGACGACGUCACCCCCUGGAAGCACCUGUCCCAACCAAGACAAUCCCUACGCCUGCUCAGCUUCUUAUGCUAGGCUCAUCGGUCAGUAUGUGGCUGGCUGUGACUCGGUGAUGGCUUGA